UCAGCUGAGCCAGGAGGCUGUGCACGGUGUCUUUCCUCUGCUAGGAUUUUGAACCUCUGGAGAUUGAGCAACUGCACUUCAGCUAUAACGUUACAUUAGUGCCGAGCUGCCACUGACUUCAAUAAAAAGAAGAGAAAAACUCUUGUUAUUUUUUCAGCUUCGCCUGCGGGAAGGUCUGACUUUUAGGCAUCUAACAGCCAGCAAAAGUUAAUGUGAAUAAAGGCUGAAUAAAGAAUUUAAGAGAUUCAUCAUGGCGGUAGCCGGAUGCCCGGACUAUUUUCUGCACCAUCCGAAUUAUCAGGAUAAUGUUGAUCGAGCUCCAAAGCACAGAUCAACAGACUUAAUGGAGACAAAUUUCCGGCAUUCAUCCAAUCAGAAUUCUCCUAAUCAUCAAGAGGAUGACGUGGACCUGGAGGCCCUGGUGAACGACAUGAACUCCUCCUUCGACAGCCUGAUUUCCCCCUGCAGUGUGGUGGUCGAUCCCGCCCCCCCUCCGCACAAUGGGCAGCUGUGUCGCACGCCUCAGUCCAUCUCUCCUGGACACCGGGUCCGACGCUCCCAGCCCGUGCACAUCAUGGCUGUGAGGAGACUUCAGGAAGCGGAGCAGCAGCUGCGCACGUCAUCUCUGCCGGCCAUCCCAAACCCGUUCCCUGAGCUGUGCAGCCCUGCCGGGUCCCCUGUCCUCACUCCUGGCUCUUUACCUCAGUGUCAGCUGUCUGGCAACAACAUUAUAAAAGUCUUCAGUGAAGAUGGCACAGGGAAGGCUGUGGAGAUUCCGGCAGACAUGGCGGCCAGAGACCUCUGCCAGCUGCUGGUGUACAAAAGCCACUGCGUGGAUGACAACAGCUGGACCCUCGUGGAGCACCAUCCUCUGCUGGGACUAGACAGGUGUCUUGAGGACCAUGAGCUGGUCCUGCAGGUUCAUGCUUCCAUGACGAGUGAAAGUAAAUUCCUGUUCAGGAAGAACUACGCCAAAUAUGAAUUCUUCAGAAACCCAUCGAACUUCUUCCCAGAGCAUAUGGUCGCAUGGUGUCAGGAUACCAACCGCUCUAUACCACCAUCUCAGCUUCUUCAGAAUUUCUUGAACUCCAGCUGUUAUCCUGAAAUCCAGGGAUUCUUGUAUUUAAAAGAGGUGGGACGAAAAUCAUGGAAGAAGUUGUAUGUUUGCUUGAGACGGUCUGGAAUGUACUUUUCAACAAAAGGAACAUCUAAGGAGCCAAGACAUUUACAGUUACUGGCUGAUCUAGAAGACAACAACAUCUUUACAGUUAUUACAGGCAAGAAGCUGCACAAUGCACCAACAGACUUUGAGUUCUGCAUUAAGCCAAACAAAGUGCGGAACGACAUGAAGGAAUUGCGGAUGCUGUGUGCGGAGGACGAGCAGAGCCGCACGUGCUGGAUGAUGGCGUUCCGACUUCUGAAGUAUGGAAUUUUGCUUUAUGAGAACUACAGAGUCCCCCAGCAACGGAAAACACUACUGUCUCACUUCUCAACACCUGUGAGGAGCGUCUCCGAGAAUUCGCUGGUGGCCAUGGAUUUUUCCGGAAGGAUAGGCCGGGUCAUCGAUAACCCCGUGGAGGCUCAGAGUGCUGCCAUGGAGGAGGGUUACACAUGGAGGAAGCGAAGUCAGCGAAUGAACAUCCUGGGGAGUCCCAGUCCACUUCAUUCUUCCUCUCUGAGCACAGUGAUUCACCGGACGCAGUUGUGGUUCCACGGGCGCAUCACUCGAGAGGAGUCCCACCGCAUGGUCAUCCAGCAGGGCCAAGUGGACGGAUUGUUCCUGCUGAGAGACAGUCAGAGCAACCCAAAGGCGUUUGUCCUCACCUUGUGCCAUCACCAGAAGAUUAAGCAUUUCCAGAUCUUACCAUGUGAAGAUGAUGGACAGAUCUUCUUUAGCCUUGAUGAUGGAGCCACCAAAUUCACUGACCUAAUACAGCUGGUAGAGUUCUAUCAGCUCAACAAAGGAGUCCUGCCUUGCAAACUUAAGCAUCCUUGCACAAUGGUGGCCUUAUGACCUUUGAUCUUUGCAUAAGCCAGACCUCACCUUCAUUUACGAACGUUUGCUUGUGUUACACUAUCAGAGACUGCCAAUGGGAAUCAUUUUUCUUCUGCAUUUAUUAAUGAGAUCAAAGCCAACACUGAAAUGAAGCCGCGAUUAGUAUGCUGUAGCACUAUCUAUGGGCAAGUAUAACAUAUUCAUUUAACCUUCUUGUACAAUCAUCUGGAGUAUAUUCUUUGGUUUUCCCAUUUUUUUUAGGAAAUUGUAAGGAAUCAAGAGGCUGGUUUUUGUUAAAGGAAAAUUCUUAACGUAUAGAUGGAAAGGUAGUUUUAUUUUAUUUUUUAACUAAUUUUUGCACUCAAUGAAAUUAGCCUUCAUGUUGAAAAAGGCUUCUUCGGAAAAAAUACUUUUCCUUCAAAUGCUUCCAGGUGAAAAUGUGAAAGUGCUUCAUGUUUACUGGAUCGUUAUAAAUUCUGACGGGGGGAGGGGGAGGGGGUGGUUUAAUCUCAGAAAGGCUGUAUUGGCCGCCCAGCCACCAGGGAAUUGUCAGCUGGCUUAAAUCGGCAUGGAUUUAGGGAGCUUAAUAUUUCACACAUAGUACAAAGCAGCUUACUGUCUUUCAUGGUGACAAUAUAUGCAGCCUUUUUAUGGAGGCAUUGGCUGCCCUGCCUAUGAGCAGCUGUGUCGAACACUGAUGCCCCCUUGUGGACACUUUCACCUCCAGCAUCCUUCAGCUGACCAUCCUGUCUUUCCCUGCACCACACAACCCACCUCACCUGGUACCUCAGGACAUGAUGUUCUGCGCAGAGGAUAAUCUUGCUAUUAUUAUUGUUAUUAUUUCUUGCGUUAUUUUCUUAUACCUAGCAAGCAUUUGUUAUUGCUUGGAAAUAAACCUUAUUGCUGCUUAAAGUAACGUCAAGCUAGGAAUCACUGCUGGGCUAUCCCUCCAAUGGUGUGACCCAGGAGGGGAAAAAACAUAGAAAUUAUUAUAAAAGACAUGUAUGUGGUGAUUUAUGAUCUGUGUUACCGAGGGAGGGGUGAGCCAAUAUUUUUUUUUUUCUUCUUCUCCCCUUUUCACUCUUCUCCCUUCGAAUGACAGCGCAUAACAAACCACUACACCUCCAGCACCCCCUAGUGGAUAGGGACGGUAGCCGCAUGGUAGCCACAUCCCGUACGAUGAAACUGGAAUACCGAUGGGAGAACAGCCACUCUGGGGUCGCGUUUCCUUGUGCUUAAAAUUACUGUUGAAAGAACAGUGCAAUGUGUGAAGCCCAUGCAAUGUGGAAUUAGGGGAGGUCAUGUCAGUGCACCCUUGUGUAUAGUAGCAGUUAGUCUGUGAGCUUUUAACGUUUUGCCUCUAUCUGAAAAUAUUAGGGCCGUUUAUUUUAGUUCUGGAACUAGUUGGGUGGGAACUAAAGAAUGGCCAAACUAAGUUCUUUGUUUUAUUCAAAUGCGAAUGAGAAGUGUUUCGGUGAUGUAUUUAUUUAUCUGAAGUUUAAUUACUUGAAAUUUAGUUGUUUCUCAGUGCUGUGCAGUACCGCUUUUAUUUUUAGUUUUAUUACAUUUUGGAACCUCUUUUGCAUGUCUAGCUUAUAGUAAUUAUUUUUUCUUUAGUUAAGACACUGCACGGAAUCACAGUUAUAGCACACGUGUUUUGAAGUAACAUUUCACGAUGUCACCCAGUAUGCAUUUCAGGAUUUUUGCAUGCAGCAGUGGCUGUUGCCCUCAGACUACCACAAUGUGUGAAUGAGAUUUAAUUCACUUACAGGGUCUUUUUUUUCCUGAAACAUAAUGGUCUCACGUUUAUUCAGCCGUUAAGUCUUCCUAUUCAGCUGCCGUCAGUGCAGUUUCUGUUACUUGUAGACAUCUCAAGUGUCAAUGUAGGGUUCUCGCUUAGCUGCUGUUCAGUUUUGGUUAAGAAAAUCAGUCAAAUUGAAAAACACAAAGGCAGUUUCUGGCAUUUACUACUAAAAAUGUAUUACAUGCCAUACUAUAUAAUCACAAUACACAGGAUUCAAGCCUCGCGGUGAAGUGAUCGAUUUCUAUUCAACUGCAGUGUGUGCGGCUGUUUUCGUAUAGCAGAAUCAACAGUCAUGAUUCUCCGCUAACCCUAACAUACUGGUUAGUUAAUGAUAAUUGUAAUGUUGUUUUGCGUCUUGUUGCACCAGUAGCUUUAAUUACAAUAAUUACAACAUCUGAAGAAACAAAUAUUUUGUGAAUCAGUGGGGAAAACGUAGCGGUAACACUGUAUUUUUGGGAUAUUGUAGGUCACACUUCACUAAGUACUGCAUUUUUUUUUAUCAUUACUGCAAACACAAUGAAGAAACUUGACUUUGAGUGCAUUUUUUUUAAUUAAUGUACAUAUUAAGAUUCUUGAUUUACCAAUGUUGUCAAACAAAAUUGCCCUUAAAGCAGAUGUUAUGUAUAAGUUUGACUGAUUUUUUCUUUAUAUAUAUAU